UAGCAGACUUCAAGCAUUGAACCUCGAGUUCACAUGACACUCACAUAUGAAGACAAUCUUAACCUCUUCAAAGCACUCACAAGUCAGAUCAGAUAAGAGCACAAAAGACAAUACCAACAACCGUUUGCCUCUCUAGACUAAAUAUAAACCUUCUUUUUGUUUUCAACUUUUCAAAACUCUAAGAAAGCAUAAGAGAAAGAGAGAGAGAGAUUUAUGUGUUGUUGCAGAUGGCGGAGGAAGAUGUUGGAAUUUCAGCCAUAGAUAGCCCCAUGAAGAAUUACAAGGUGAUGGUGGCAAUCGAUGAUAGUGAGUUUAGCGAAUAUGCCCUCAUGUGGGUCCUAAAAAACCUUGGCUCCACCAUUCGUGAUUCACAACUUGUUAUCUACACAACCCGAACCCCAGUUGAUAUCGGCUAUUUGUAUGCAUCUUCUUGGGGAACCGCUGAGCUGAUAAAGGAGCUCAAAGAAAGUGAGAAGAAGGCAGCUCUUGAGUUACUCGAGAAAGCUAAAACUACAUGCACUGAUUACGGGAUCAUUGCAGAAGGAAUGACAGAGGUGGGAGACCCUAAAGUGGCCAUUUGCAAUGCAGUAGACAAGUUAAACAUUCAGUUGCUCGUGGUUGGUAGCCAUGGUCGUGGAGCUGUCACAAGGACGUUGUUGGGGAGUGUGAGCAAUUAUUGUGUCCACCAUGCCAACUGCCCAGUUCUUGUCGUCAAGAAAACAGACUAAUUAAUCUGUAUACCUUUUCAUAUGUCCAUAAUAUAAAUAACAACGUAUGUAUAAAACAAUAAAGAAGUUCAUGUUUUGGAAUUAAAAUGAUAACGCAUGAUAUAUCUGAAAAAAUGUUAACACUAGAACAAUAUUUCAUCUCAAUAUUAUAUCUUAAAAUGUUAACAUUAUAAGAAGAAUAAUAUCUCAUCCAAAUAUUUUGUUAAGAGUUGCUGCCAAUCUAACACCACCUUGAGCUAAUCGCCAAUUAACAAUUGGUAAACGAGACAAAAAGUAAUCUUCUCCAAGAACCGAAUCAUUCCCAACUCCUUUGUAUGCCCAACUACAUGCUGCUUUUAUUCCUUCACUUGCGUAUCUAUUGAAAGCAAUCAAAUUUAUAAAAACAAAAAAUAAAAAAUUUUCAUUUCUAAUUGUUUUUUUGCAUCUAUGUAUUAUAUAUAUUGUUUCACGUACAUGUUAGGACAAGUAUUCUGAUUUCUGGCGCAUUUCUCCCAUGCUGGAACUUGAUCUGCCCAUUCUUUCUGCCAAACAAAAAGUAUAAAAAAAAAAAAAAAAAAAAAAAAAAACUAACUAAAAUCCCCCAAAGAAAAACAUCAAAAAUUAUUAAACAAGUCAUGUAAUAUUGUAAUGUAAUAAUACCGUUAUGUUAGUCUGAAUUGCGUUGACAAGAUUUUCAACAUUAGAAUCAUAGAAUCUUUCUUCUGCAGUCUCAAUUAUGCUGUCAUCCCAAACCUGUAUAACAUAUUGUAUGUAUAAUGUAUUUUUGAUCGUUAGUUUAAUAAGAUCAAUCUUAAUUUAAAUUACGUAAUGGUAAUUAUUUAAAGAGUUUUACAUGAUGAAGUUCUGAUUUUCUUGUGAACCAAUGAACAUUAAUCGAGUUCCCACCUCUAUCCGAAGUGAAUCCUACAUGUAGCGGCUGUAACAGGGGCAAUUUAGUCUUUUCACUUGUUAGAUAAUAAAGUCAAAUUGGUUAUUAACAUAUACCUGAUGAAUGUCUCCCAUGAAAUGAGAAAGAAAAAGCAAUGCCUCUGUAAGAUUAUCUGCAAAGAUAUGUUUAAUGUUUUUCAUCUUCAUAGUUCAUUUAAGAUCUAGAAACAAAGAAUUAGAUGAAGAAAUUCGCGAAUUUAAUUACACUGAGUUGUUUGUUUGCCAUAGUCGAGUAGCUGUGUGGUGUAGUUAUUAAUUGCUCCGGCGACACAUCUUCCGGCAACUCCAUCUUCAUCCUUACAGUCCCCUGUUUACAAAUCACCAUUUGAGAACAUAAAAAUUGCGAUUAACAGAAAAGAAAACAAGAAUCUCGAUUCUCCAGUACUACUUACUGGUAUACUGAUAAGUGCAGAGAUUAUCAGGGGUAUCGAUGUAAUGAAGCGCCGACGACCAAUGAUAUCGGAACUUGACAUGAUCGGCCCAUGAACAUUGACUCGCUAAAUCACCCUCUGCGUAUUUUGGUAACAGAUCUUUGACUGCGUUUGAUGCUGCUGGACUCAAUCUGCCCUGAGCUAUCUUGCAAGUUGUGUAAUGGCCGUCGACGCCCCAGCCGUGGACGGCGGCCGGUAAAAGAAACAGAAGGAGCAACGGUAGGGCGCUUCUCAGGGACUCCAUUUGUGAGUUUGGGAACGUGGGUGUGGGAUGAUUUAUCAUGUAUGUGAUAUGGGGAAGUGUGAAAGUGUAAUGAUGAGAUCGAACUAACUUUUUUGGCGACUUGUGGGCGAUUUGUUGUUUUUUUGGUAAUGUGUUCACAUUUGUUUACAUGGUAUGAUUCUGAAUUUUUUA